AUGCUAGCAUAUGUCCCGUCAUAUCAGCCGCCUACGCAAAACUCGGUACCUCAUGACCCUUACGCGCCAUUGCAAACGACGCAGGCUACUGUACCGGCUUCUGGCGUGACCUUGGCGUAUAGAUCUUCGCAGCAGCCGACAUCAUCAUACGACCCGUACAAACCGACCUCUCAGCUGGCUUCGGGAACUGCUGCACAUACGCAAACAACGUCGGCCACGUACUCCUCUUAUGGUUCUUACGACCCAUAUAAGCCUGCGCAAACCAGCGCGCCGGGUAUGGAUGUCACGCGCCCAGAAUCCUAUGCCAAUACAUCCGUGAUUCAAACUGCAAGCUCAUUUGCGGCAGUACCCCCUGUCCAGCCGUCCAUGUCUGCUCCUCCUUUGCGACCAAAGGUUGUCAACGCGUAUGACCCACCACUGCCUCCCCCCAAACAACCUAAGUAUGGAUCGACGCGUGCGUCGUCUAUGCUUUCUCCCCCUGCACUUUUCUCCAGCCAGAACGAUAGGUUCCCCGUCAAUAACGCGUACCACUCGCAGUCGUUUACCGUCAGUGAUGCUGGACAAGUCCUUAUGGCCCCACCUCUGACCCAACACAUGUAUGCGCCUUCUCCUUCGUUAGUAGGAGCCAAUGACCCUCUCGGCCGUACUUCCGUGCGCGUUCCUGUCAUCAGUUUCGGGUUUGGAGGGAAACUGGUUACUUGCUUCCACGGUUCAUGUUCCAUGAACACUGGAUUUGACGUUGCCCUCGCAUCCCGACAGUCGACUGAUGUGAAGGUGCAUGUGUUGCACAAAGUCAUUCCUGAAUCAGCACUCGAUACGUCUGCUGCAUCCUACCCCGGGCCCUUAUUCUCUGAUCCUGGAACUCCAUCGGCCAGUCUUGUUCGCACGGGAGCAGCCACACAAACCAAGAACAAGAAGGCGCGGGUUGUUCAAUAUCUAGAGGAGCGAGCAGAAGAGAUUUCCCGGGGCAUUGGAUACUUCCAUCCUGGCAGCAUAGACAGCAGACGGGCUGAAGCUAAACACAUACUUGUGCAACUGUUGAAGGUCAUGGUGGAAAACGACGGCCGCUUGUCUGGCAGUCCGCAAAUUGACGUAGCAGUGAGAACAGCGCUAGUUCCCAGGUUGACUACAUCGUCACCAGAAACUCUGACAACUACAUCUGCGCUCAGCAUAUCUGGCCAUACCGACGCGCAGGCUUCCCAACUAUCGGGUUCCCCGUUUCUUGGCCUUACACCCAGUCAGGACCCCAACGAUACGCCUGUGGCUGUCCAUACUGUUCGUGCCUCUAAUCUGGAUAAAAUCCAGGACUUCCUACUACGUGGCGACCGUCGGGCUGCUUGCCACUAUGCUUCAGAUGAGAAGCUAUGGGCGCAUGCCAUGGUCAUCGCAAGCAGCAUCGACAAGGACACGUGGAAAGAGGUCGUCACAGAGUUUGUUCGCACCGAGUUGACUACCAAUAGGCACGUUUCGUCAGUAGCGGAGGGAUCCAGGGCUACUCCGAAUGGUCGAGAGCCAUUGAGGGUGGCGUACAGUCUAUUUGCAGGCCAAGGCCCAGUGUCCAUUCAGGAACUUGUCCAUCCCAAACCGUUUGCUCCGAGUGCCUCUACGCUUCAGAUUCCAUCGUCAUCCAUGACAUCAAUCACACCGAUGUCGGCUAGCUUCCCGGUUGCAGCAGAGCCUUUGAACAUCCCUCCUGAAGUUUUGGCGAAAUGGGCAGACACGGCAGCCAUGAUAUUCACUAGCCCCAUGACACUAGAAACGUCUUCAGCAUUCACGGCUCUAGGAGAUCAACUCACGAACAAUCAAUGGUACGAAGCAGCGCAUGCCUGUUAUCUGUUAUCGCCUCAGACCUCCCCUAUGGGUGGCGUUGGGAGCUCGAGUCGAAUGGUCCUCGUUGGAUAUCAGAGCCCGUCUGUUUCAGCUAGCUUCGCCAGGGAUCCAGAUCCUAUCAUAUUCUCCGAGAUUGUCGAAUUCGCAUUGUCGCUCGCUACUCCUGCUAAGGGACAGGAGCAUUUCGCAGGAUUGCCUUAUUUGCAGCCAUACCGCUUCGUUAGAGCUGCCGCCCUAGCGGAAAUGGGACACGUUCAAUUGGCGAAUAGAUAUUGUGAUGCGAUCUCAACCUGUGUUGGGCGAACCUCGCCGUACACGAAUCCUACCUUCCUCGAACAGCUCAAGGGUCUCGCGGACAGACUUGUUGCUGCCCCUCAAAUCGACAAG